UCGACAGGAGAACUUGGAGAGACAGCGCAACAGAGGAUCUUUCUCACACCUGUUCUGUUGUAGCAUUGGUAGAAGCGUGAAGGAGAAGUCUAUCCGUUCAUUCUCUCACCUUCUCUUUCUCUUUCUGUCGUGGUGGUUUCACCUAUAAAGCUCGCUUCAGUCGUCUCUCGUUCUAAAGGUUUCAUCUUUACCUUUCACUUCUCCCUUUGAGAUCGACAGGGUAGCAGAGACGACGACUUAAGGAGCAGGAAUGGAGUUCGAUCUCGAGAACCAGAUGUCGAUCUCUGACGACGAGCAGCAACCUCGGUGGGGCUCCAUCUCGGCGCUCUUCGCCGCCGAGGCCGACCACAUCAUCUCUACCGUCGGCGCUAUUGAUCCCUCCGCCCGGCGAAACGCCGUCUCUCUGGUCCUUCAGGCGCAGUUCGAUUGCAAUCUGGACCCCUUCGUCGCUUGCCUUGGAAUCAACUACAUUGAUCGGUACCUUUCCAAGCGCGAAAUCCCGAUAGAGAAGCCGUGGAUCGUUCGUCUCCUCUCCAUCUCCUGCCUAUCCCUCGCGUCCAAGAUGAAGAAAACCUGCAAACCUCUAGCGGAUUUCCUGAGAGAGGAAGAUUUUGUGUUCGACGCCCAAACGAUCCGGAGAAUGGAGCUUCUGGUGCUCGAAGCACUGGAUUGGCGGAUGCGAUCGAUCACCCCCUUCUCCUUUCUCCGGUUCUUCACUUCCUUCUUCUCACCCGCCCAACCCCCUCUCCUCCAAGCACUCCAAGCCCACGCGACCGAGAUCCUUCUCAAAACCCAAAACGAGAUGAAGGUGCUGGAGUUCAAACCUUCAGUGGUGGCCGCCUCCGCUCUCCUCUCCGCCGCCUUCGAGUUCUUCCCCGUCCAAUUUCCAGCCUUCCGUUCCGCCCUCGCCUCCUGCGAAUUCGUAAACGAAGAGGAGCUGCGGGAAUGCAGCAGCGCUAUGGGAAUCGCGACGGACGGCUGCGGUGGUUCGGCAGCGAUGGCGCUGGUGUCGAGUUCCAACACGCCGCCGACCGUCCUCGGCCGCCUCUGCUCGAGCUCGGUGAUCGAGCCUUUCACCAUCGGAUCCGCAUCGGACGACCGCGAGCUCACGCAGCGCCGGAUCGCCUACCACGACGGACAAAUAGACAAGUAACGAGGCCUCCUCCAAAAAGGAAACAAAUAAUGAUUGUUUUUGAGCGAAUUCUUUUGUGGAGUCGAUGCCGUGAAUUGAAGAAGGACGCACAGAUCUUUUUGAGUCGGUGUUAGAUCGAUAUAUUUGA